UUGAGCCUAAGGAGAUGGGGGACCGAGGUGGCGCGAGCGGCUCUCGGCGCCGGAGGACCGGCUCGCGGACAGCAAGCGGGGGCAGCGGCGGUGGCGGGAGCUCGGGGAGUCAGCCUGAGGAGGAGCUACGGGCGGCGGCGGGAGCGGGAGUGGGAGCGGAUGCCGGCGGAGGCGGGGAUGCCCCGACCCCGGACGCUGCGCGGGCGCUCACCCGGACCCCCGCCGGAGAAGGAGAUGGAGAGGGCGUAGAACACUCCGACUUGAGGUGCCACCGGGUGCAGGAAUCUUUGUUCAGCUCAGCUAGUGGAUUCAGCAACUACAGAGGUAUUCUCAACUGGUGUGUGGUGAUGCUGAUCUUGAGCAAUGCUAGAUUAUUUUUGGAAAACAUCAUCAAGUACGGCAUUCUAGUGGACCCAAUCCAGGUGGUGUCAUUGUUCCUGAAGGACCCCUACAGUUGGCCCUCCUUGUGCCUCAUUAUAGUAACCAAUGGGUUUGCAUUAGCUGCUUUCCAAGUGGAGAAGUGUCUGGCUAAGGGUACCAUAACAGAGCGGGUAGGGCUGCUUCUACACAUGGCCAACCUGAUCACCAUGCUCUGCUUUCCUGCAGCUGUGGUUCUUAUGGUCAAAUCUAUCACACCAGUGGGCUCAGUGUUGGCUCUGGGUUUCUACACAGUUCUCUUCCUCAAGAUGGUCUCCUACUAUCAAGUCAACCUAUGGUGCAGGGAGUACAAGUCCAAGAAACAAGCAGCCUCAGAAACCAGAAAAGCCAAUGGGGAUGUGGUAUCUGGUGGGGUGAAGUACCCUGCCAAUUUGACCUACCAAGAUCUGUACUAUUUCCUGUUUGCCCCUACUCUGUGUUAUGAGCUCAACUUUCCUCGAUCCUCCCGGAUUCGGAAACGUUUCCUAUUACGAAGGCUCUUUGAGAUGCUCUUCUUCAUUCAGCUUCUGGUGGGACUUAUCCAACAGUGGAUGGUCCCCACCAUUCAGAACUCCAUGAAACCAUUCAGGGACAUGGACUAUUCCCGUAUCAUCGAGCGGCUUUUAAAGUUAGCAGUGCCCAACCACUUCAUAUGGCUCAUUUUUUUCUAUUGGUUCUUCCACUCCUGCCUCAAUGCUUUGGCUGAACUCAUGCAGUUUGGUGACCGAGAGUUCUACAGAGACUGGUGGAACUCAGAGUCGGUUACCUACUUCUGGCAGAAUUGGAAUAUUCCUGUCCACAAAUGGUGCCUCAGACACUUCUAUAAACCAGCGAUGAGGAUGGGAGUCAGUAAGUGGAUGGCUAAGACUGGUGUAUUCCUGGCCUCAGCCUUUUUUCAUGAGUACCUCGUGAGUGUACCCCUUAGGAUGUUCCGGCUCUGGGCCUUCACUGGCAUGAUGGCACAGAUCCCUCUGGCCUGGAUCGUGGGCCGAUUCCUUCAGGGCAACUAUGGCAAUGCAGCAGUGUGGUUGUCUUUGAUCAUCGGGCAGCCUGUGGCUGUGCUUAUGUAUGUCCAUGACUACUACGUGCUCAACUAUGAGGCCCAGCUGAUUUCGUAAGCCCCAGACACAGGCCUUGUGUUGGGAAAACCAGGCUUCUGCUCCAGGAACAUUAAGGGACAGGACAGGGUGGUCCCUGCUCCUACAGCUGUGUUGCAGCUAUCUCCAUGGCACUUUAUGAAAGACUUGUCCUUUCCCUGAGGGCUUUGAUUCUACUGGUUCUAUCCUUAUGGAAUGGGGGUGCAGAAGUUCUUUCAUCCCUCUUGGGUUUGUCCCUUUGGAGUCCUAUCCUCUCUCUCCUACUCCUAGUUCACCUCUAUGAAGGGAGGAAAAGCCGUCCCAUUCCUAUGGGAUUUGACAUCAAUAGCCACUAUCUCUGUCCCUAGGGCAUCUGUCCUAUGUGAAGGUGGCAUUGGCCCCAUGGGUUUGGUUUCCUCUGGCUCCUCUCCCCUUUUGGUAUGAAAGUAUUGUUCCCCCUUCCCCCCAGGAUUUCUGUCCUCCCCUCCCCUUCAUUUCCCUACUGACCUCAGAAUGUGUGGGCCAUCGAUGGCUCUCUCCGAAGCCCAAGGAAGAGGGAUGGGGAUCCUCUUCCCAGGAUUGGUCCUGAUAGUGACUUUUUAAUGAUUCUGCCCAUGUGACCAAGUCUGUCAUUAAAGCAAUGUCCAAAGUGA